AUGGCGGAUCGUUUCUAUCCAAAUGAAAUGCCGGAAUUCAUCAAAGAAGAAGAACUACCGCCACCUGAAACCACCACAACAGCCUUCGACCUCAAAGACACUGUUGUGUUGAAAACUUGGGGAAACACCGGGAAACGUUUAAACGAUUACACACUGUACACAGGUGCCUUAGGCACAGCUUUCAUGGUUUUCAAAGCUUACAAAGUUACCCACACCAAAAAAGAUCUUGAUUUAUGUAAAGACAUUCUUAAAGCUUGCGAUUCCGCCUCUGUUGGCUCUAGCCGUGUGACAUUCAUCUGUGGUCAGGCCGGUGUAUCUGCUCUUGGGGUCGUCGUGGCCAAACAAAGCAACGAUAAUCACUUGUUUAAUCACUAUUUGACAAGAUUUAAAGAGAUUAAGCUUCCUAAAGAUCUUCCAAAUGAACUAUUAUAUGGUAGAGCAGGUUACUUACGGGCAUGUUUGUUCAUAAACAAGAAUCUUGGUGAAAACAUUAUAUCCUCUACCCACAUGAGAGAAAUCAAAGAUGAAAUUAUCAAGGCUGGUAGAAAUAUGUCUACUAGUGAAUGUCCAUUAAUGUAUGAGUGGUAUGGGAAAAGGUAUUGGGGAGCUGCCCAUGGGUUAGCAGGGAUAAUGAAUGUCUUAAUGGACAUGGAAUUGACUGAAGAUGAAUUGAAAGAUGUUAAGAGUACACUUAUUUACAUGAUUAACAACCGUUUUUCUAAUGGAAACUAUCGAUCAAGUGAAGGUAGUAAUUCAGACCACUUAAUUCAUUGGUGCCAUGGUGCUCCUGGGAUGGCUCUUACACUCACCAAAGCAGCCACAGUUUUUGGAAGUGAUGAGUUUUUAAAGGCAGCAAUUGAUGCGGGAGAGGUGGUAUGGAAACGUGGUUUGCUUAAAAAAGUUGGAAUCUGUCAUGGAAUCAGUGGCAAUGCGUAUGUUUUUCUUUCACUUUAUCGCUUAACAGGCGACAUCAAGUUCUUAUACAGAGCCAAAGCUUUUGCCACCUUCCUCUAUCAUAAAAGUCAAACCCUUAUAACUCAAGGGUCAAUGCAUGGAGGUGAUCGACCCUUUUCACUAUUCGAAGGCAUCGGAGGUACAGCUUAUCUUUUUCUAGACAUGGUAGAUCCAUCCAUGGCUAGGUUCCCUGCCUAUGAGAUCUAGAUGUCUUUUUCUCCAUUAAGUCAUGUAUGUGUAAAUGUAAAGUAGCCGAAUGACUGAAUAAAGUGAUGUAUACAUUACAAGUUGGGUGGU